CAUAGGAGGGGCUUAUCCUGUUGAGUAGCCGAAAUUAAAGGACGAAGAUGGCUAUGAGUGCUGCUGCAUCCACAUGGCUGAUUCCAUGUAUGGCAAGAACACAUGGAGAGCAAUUGAAGCUGCACAACAAGUAUAGUAGUAGUAGUAGUAGUAGACAUAGCAGAAUAAGAUGCAACUGCAAGGCAUCAUCAUGGAUGACGUCAGAGUUGGAUCUGUACGAUCUUCUUGGGAUUGAUAACACAUCGGGUCAGUCAGAGGUGAAGACGGCCUACCGCUCUCUCCAGAAGCGGUGCCACCCGGACAUCGCGGGCCCUGCCGGCCAUGACAUGUCCAUCAUCCUCAAUCAAGCUUAUGCCAUUCUCUCCGACCCCAAUGCUCGCCUCUCAUAUGACAGGGAGCAAGCCAAGAUAUCAGAAUUCAAAGGCUUCACCGGCAGACCCCUGUACUCGGUAUGGCGGGGCUCCCAGACCGAGCAGCGGGCCAUCUUUGUCGACGAAAUCAAGUGCGUUGGCUGUCUCAAGUGCGCUCUCUUAGCUAACAACACCUUUGCUAUUGAAUCUGUUUAUGGCAGAGCAAGGGUUGUUGCUCAGUGGGCUGAUUCUCACCACAAAAUCCAAGACGCCAUUGAUUCCUGCCCUGUCAACUGCAUUUCAGAUGGCGAAGAAGAACGCUCAGGAAUCUUACCAGAGAGUCCAGGAGGCCAAGGCAAGGUCUCGAGCCAGGACUGGUGGCACCAAGGCGAUUAUCUCUCCUCCUCCUCCUCCCCCCUGGAACACGGGGACUCCUUCUCAGCCCAUUGUGAUUUCUUCUUCAACUUCAUCUCGGCUGCCCCCCUCCGCCCGACUUCCUCCUGA